GACUCCGGUCCUUGAGGCUCCACCUGAUCCGGCCACCCAUGUAAGGGUACGCUACCUCAUACAGCAGCUCCUAGCCGCAUGCGACAGGUGUACGAUACCGAGCUCAAGAUCCGGCGAUUAAAGGCGACAUUCAACUUUCGAAGCCCAGCUCAACAACUCAAAGAGGCGACGCUGACAUAACAAUGCGAUUGUAAUUAACAUCACCUUAUACCAAACGAAGACCCUGCGACGCCCCCGAGGACGUCACCGACUAGAACACCAACCACGUUGCGCUGGCGGACAUGUUGAGAAAACACCAGAUGCUAGGAUGAGCUUGGAUCCUCUAGCCCCCGUCGCUCCUGCGAGGGUGAAGACACUUCUUUUACCUCUGGGGCAGAUUAAAGCAGACCGAUUCGCCUCCUUCGUCGAGCGACUCAACAAGGAACAUGUUGUCCACCUCCGCGACAUCAGCGCUGAUGGCCGACCCAACAGGAACAUGUUCUCGCCUCUGGCGUACCCAGACGGUGCCAUAAUAUACAACCUCGUUACCCACGUUCCUCCUCCCUCCCACCUCGCCCUUACGCCGUUCGACUUAUACCGAGAACCCCUUGCUAUAAUAGCUCUGGCAGAUGGCACCGAACUACAUCAAAAGAGCUUCAAUAAGAGACAGUCGAUAAAUGGCACAGGUCCGACGACGACUGAGAAGAACAUCAGAGCUUUAUACCAGGAACUAGAAGACCUGCGCGACAUGUACCCCAAGGCUCUGGUACACCAAGUCUUGCUGUUCGAUUAUGCCAACCCUCACGAUACCGAGAUUCCAAUGCCUGAGGGCCUUGUCGAUAUUCCUCCUCUUGAGAACUGCACUGUUACUACGCUGAGGACUGUUAUGUGCGACGUCUCUUCGCUUCUCCUCGCUGAGAUGACAACGCUGGCCAAGUCCUUCGAGGCCAUGACCAACAUCGAGUCCCCCGUGCCUUAUUCGUCUACUUCAAAACAUACUAAUGGUGGUUCGUGGGGUGGUGAAGGAGGGUUGAAUGGGCUCCUUAGGAGAGGCUCGAGUAUCUCUUCACGACAUUCCGUGCGCUCUAAUUCAGCGGGCGGUAUUAUGGACAAGACACAGGCCCGCAUGUCUAUGCCAGCCAACGCCCGCCCAGGACUUCAUUCAAGCAGUUCAACACCAGGGUUGUCAUCAACACCUCCAAAGAGCAGCCUAUCGAACCCACCCAUCACUACGGAUAGUCAGAGCCCGCCAGCUAGUGACCGGUCAACACCAGAUCCACAACCUGCCCCGCAAGAGACUACAGAGAGCUCUCGGUCAGCUAGUCGCGAUCGGAUAUCAACGCAGGGCUUUGGUUCGGGCGGUGUGAAUGACCGUUGGAGGCUAAGAACCAAAGGCCGAGCUGCGGUUGUCGUUGGUUCCAUGUUUCUUCAGGCUGGACGAUGGACGGAUUCAAUUAAGGAGCUUAGUGAUGGUGCUAUGGCUGCGCGAUCUGUAAAUGAUCAUCUAUGGCAUGGAAAAGCAUUGGAACUGAUCUUGGUUAACCUGUUCCUUCUUGGCUGGUCCAACAUCGAGUUCCAUGUGCCUACAGUACUCAUCCAAUUCCCGGAUAAGCCAGCGCACAAGCAAACGCCAGACCCGACUCCUGAAGACCCCGACCAGCCAAAACAUCUUAGAAAUCUCCAAUGGCUACUACCGGAGCUUCUGGAACGUAUAAUAGCAUUAUACUCCAGAGUAUCAUCGGACAGCCUCCCACCACUACCCAUGUCCGAGGCCUUCAUUCGAUUUUCCAAGAUAUACUCAGCUCUUCACCUAUGUAAUGGCUACCUAAACCGAGAAUCUUUAGCCAUGAUUGCUACAGGGAUUGUCCCCGAGCAGCCAUACGUUGCACCUCCACGGUUUGGUGUAACACCCUCCAGACAACAAAUCGGAGCGAUGCUUUUCAAGGCAUUCCCUGCGGGCGCUUCAGAACUUCUUACAACUGUCGACCGAGCGUCAAUUCUGAGCGGCAUAGCAACUGUUCUAGGACCCUUGGGACUUCAUCGAAAGAAGGCUAUGGUGAUUCGGGAGCUGGUGUCUGUCCUAAUCGGUGGCCUUGUCGAGGCGCGAACUCGAGGUGCUGCAGACAUGGGCAUUCAUCCUGCGGCCGGACUGAUGUCGUUGACCUCAGGAGGCGGUGGAUCAAGCAGUGGCUCCAUGGCCCUAGAGAUUGGAGAGUGUGACGUUGAACAGGGCAUAGAAGCUCUAAUGACCCUUCUUUGCAAGUCUUACGGCAUUGUUGGGUUUGAUUUGACAAGGAAGGCCGGCGCCAAGAACAACGAAGAUGCUGACGACUCAGACGAAGCUGUGAUUGCUAGGAUACGCGGCCAGUCUGCGGCGCGCUUCUUCGGAUUUCCAGAUGUCAAGCUUAACAUUCUAAGGGCUUGCAUCAACUUCUCCGAAGCACUUCCGGAUUUUGAUGGUGUUUUGCGAUUCUCGAGUGAUCUGUUGCGAACAGCCGGUUCCGGUGUUGCUCCAGGACCUAGGAGAGAGGAUGCCUCACCUAUGAUCACCCGAGACGAGCAAGUUCGAUUAGCUACUGGCAUAUCGAGAACCGCAAAUCUUGUGCAGAGGUUGGGCUACAAUGACAUAGCAGCUGAGUACUGGGAUGAAUUCUUUGUACGAGGUAUCAAGCUUGAGCCCUCACUCAACAGCAAAACGCCAGUAGCUCACUCCAAGAGUAUCCUUCCUGGUGCUACCGCUAGCCGUGCAUCCCAAGACCUUGACCCUUUCAUCUACAACCCAUUCCUAAAGAAACCAGAUGAGAUGGUAAACCAGACACUCGUGGCUGAUGAAUACGCUACGUUCAAGAUCACACUACAGAACCCCUAUGAUAUUGAAGUGGAUGUUGAAUCUGUCCACUUGGCUACCGAGGGCGUGCAGUUUGAUGCUGUCAAGGAGGCGACUGUCGUCGGGCCAUACCGAACACAGGUGAUCCGAUUAAGGGGAAGGGCAAAGGAAGCGGGAACUGUCAAGGUCACGGGUGCUAUCAUCAAGGUCCGAGGAUGCCGUGAGCGACGAUUCCCUGUUUUCUCCAUGCCUUGGACUCCAAAGCAGGAAGCCAAGAUCAAGGCCAAGGGCUUGGCUGCGCUCGAGGAAGCGGUCACAGAUGUCAAGCCGUUUGCUCCAAAGCUCGAGGCUGAAAGCUUGAGUCUCACUGCCAUUCAAGCACAACCCCUGGUAAUUGUCAAGUCCACAACUCUUGCGCAGUCCUCCAUCAUGAUCCUGGAGGGUGAGAGGCAGGUGUUUUCAGUGACGUUACAGAAUCUUGCAUCAACGCCAGUGGACUUUAUGCUCUUCUCCUUUAAGGAUUCUACACAGGAACCGCUCCAGACUGCGAUCAAUAACCGAGAUGCGACACCCUCUGAGCUCUACGAGUACGAGCUUGCGCUGAUGAAGAAGCAGGCGUUGCGACUUCCCAACAGCCAACAGACUCGUCAUAUUGCACCUAACGGAGAGGCCACCUUCGACUUUGAGAUUCUUGGCAAGCCCGGACUCACAGCGGCUACGAUCCAGGUCGACUACACUCAUCUGGGAUGCCCGCAAGAAGAGAUGCCUGAUCAAUUCUACACACGACAGGUUUCUCUCGAUCUUACCGUGACGGUGAAUGCUAGUGUUGAGCUUGCUCGAAUCGAUGCACUACCCGUGCAUGGAGAGAUUCCUCAGCCCUUGUGGGAUCGCCUGGGCAGUUCCUUUACUGCCAAACCUGAUGAGUACUGUCUCUUGUCUGUGGAUCUUCGCAACGCCUGGCCCAGCCAGAUGAUUGUGCAACUGGAGAGCAAUGAUGGAAUUUCUGUGCAGGAGGAUAUCUUGCCUGGAAACACGAGCCGUGUCAUUCUUCCAGUCAAAAGGGUGUAUCUGGAGGAUCCUCAUGCCACAAUACCGACCCUCAACCCCUCGCGGAAUCGACAAUUCGUGGUUAGCGCCAGCAAGAUUUCACCUGAAAUGGAGCGAGCGAAUCGAGAAGGGUUUUGGUAUAGAGAGAGGGUUCUCAGCUGCCUUAGAGCAACGUGGAAGACGACAUCACUACCUAAGAGGAGUGGCUCGAUCGAUCUGAGAAGCAUUCGACUGACCUCGAGAAUGAUCGAAGCAAUCAAGGUUGACGAGGUUGACAUUGAUAUCUCGGUCGAAGAUAAGGAUGGCAAUGCAGCUGAAAAGGAUGUAGCAUACGUCGACGAGUUUAUGCAACUCAGGGUACGCCUCACGAACCGGACAGCUCAGAAGAUCCAUCCUCUGGUCAGAAUUCUUCCUGCACUUCGCCAUCGGCCUGCAAAUGUUGGCCUGGAGUUUACACGAAAGCUUGCUUGGAACGGUACUCUACAGCAGCUCAUUCCUGUGCUAGAAGGACACGGAAGUGCUGAGAUUUCGGUGGGCAUGACAGUGCUGUGCCGUGGAGAGUUUGAAAUCUCAGCAUCAGUAGAAGAGGUGCAGGUUUGGGAUGAGCCCAGAAGUGAACCCACAAGAGCGAGAUCUGAGUCUCAAACGAUGAUGGACGCGGCUCUCGGAGUUAAGGAGAGAAGGAUCUGGCAUGCGAGACAACCUUGUCUAUUGAUGACGAGAGAUCGCUAGUUGAGAGAAUGAGGAGGGACUUUGAUGGUGAUAGGGAUCUGUGGCUUUAUACAUUGGCCUCGAUUAAAUAAUGGAGAUUUGUACUACGACGCGAUGUGGAUAUUUAGCGACUAGCAAAGAGAGCGGUCAAUGAAUGACCUUUGAUAAGAAUCAUCGUUACAACAAAUGUAGCAACAACGGCCAAAUCCAGCAGGUCUUGAUUUGUUCAAGAGUUGCCUCCUAUGGUGAACUUGCCUGCAUUCUGCCUCGGUCGUGGGUGAGCCACAGUUAGCAGAGAUCAACAAGCAUGAUGGGUCGUGAAACCACUUCAACUACUCCAGAUUGUCGUUUAUUUGUAUCGACAAUACAUGGACAAAUACUACGUGUGGAAGCGAGGACAUAAAGCUGGCAAUCUUUUAUGUGAUUGCCUACAAUGUUGGCUCAAGCUUGGCUUUGGAAAGAGAGAAACGAAAAAACAAAGAUUAGGAUCCACUACCACACAUGGCAGAAUUUGCUCAUACUAUAGCAAUUAAAGCAAACCAAGUCUGGGUGUUUCUAUAUCCCUUUGUGAUCCUACUUCUGUACAUGAAAGCCGCAGUGUGUCUUGGUUUGGGCCAUGGUCUUUUGUGCCAGAUAGAGAGCACUUCAAUAUUAUGAUGUUAAGAUCCAACACCAAACACAAGCAUAAAUAUCAAACAAUGCUCAAUUUGUUUGGUUAGAAG